AUCCACAACAUUUCCAAUUGAGUACGACGUUUCGCCAGUAAUUACAACUACAGUAGCUUCAUUAUGCGUUAAAGGGCCCUAAUGUCUGUGCAAAGAGCCACGCUUACCCUGUGACCAAUUAGAAGAUUGUCAGGCUACCCCCUCUCCUCGUGCACUUAUAAUUAUUAUUAGAGGGUUAAAGACACUUCGACUGACACGCACAUCCGAUAUUCAUCACGGUUGGCUACGCACGGCGCGAAUGGAGUUCAACGUAAAUCCAUACAAGAUACUUGACCAUCGAUCUCAAUGCAAUAUUGAUUGUUAUUUUUAUGUGUGUGUAAACCCAUUUAUUACUAAAUCCAGACUUCUCACGUGGUUGGCUGCUCUCUUAAAAUGUCACGUGGAGGAGGGCUCGGGGUGCCUUGAAGCCUAACCCAAGGUAUGCUCAUUGUAAAAUCUAAACUACUGUAAGAAAUUAAGACAAUUACAUGAAGGUAGCGAAAGCAUACAUGUUAAAGCGCCCUUAAACAAUGGUUAACAGGGCGCUAUUAACCAUUCUUACCGCUAUAACAUGGUAUAAAAGUCUCCUAGGCCAAGAGUACAACGUGUACAAUGCAGUACUCUACAUGAAAUGUUUAUUUAAAAUGUACACAAUGUUAAACAUUGCUUUAUUAUAUUUUAUUCCUCUGCUUAAGUGGCUUGACCUUCAGAAGAAUAAUAAAAGUCCUCACGGACUGUUCGCGACGUUGCACCGUCGCGAAACGUCGCGUUUAGAGUCGCGACGUUGCAAUCGGGGCCGUAAAUGAGGUCCUGUGCCGUAAAGCGAUCGGCCGUGGCCUCGCGUAGCCGUCGUAAAUUCGGGUGGCAAAUCUUAUUGUCGUAAACCGGAUGUAAUAUUUCCGAAACUUAAAAUUAAAUUGUUUUACUAACAUUUAAAAACGCGUGAAAGCAGCACUUGGUUGAAUAAUAACGUUUCACAAAUGUUAUGCGCUCAAAAAUUUAAUUUAUAAAAAAAAAUCCGUACGGAGUGUGAUGAUGAUGGUGAGAUGCAGAAACUCACAGUGCGCAAAUACCUGGCGGAGAUCUUGAUCUGACGAGAUCUCCGUUCUGUGUCUCCACAUACACAGAGAAAUAAAAAUAACACAUGUUUCCAGACCAAUAUUAUCCAUAAGCGUGUGUUCAAGCAAGCAAAGUUGCCCUUCUGCUCCUCAUGGGUGCUGUGGCAUAAGUCACCGUGGUAACGCGAUGCUGCUCCAGUCUCAAGGGAGAUCCCUGCAGGAUAUUGGCGUCAUCUUAUUUACGCAACAGCACUCGGAAUUCUGAGGGAUAACGUCGAUUCGACGUUCGCGAGACGAUGUUCAAUUAACGAGGACGUCACAUAAAGUGUUGAGCAUUUUAACAACAAACGAAACUGUGUGCGCAGAGUUGGAACACAAUGGAGUGCCCGUACAGAAGAUCUGCACGCGGGUCCUCGCGCGACACGAUGAGUGUCCCGCAACUUUUCGAAGACCUGUGCACGGCGCACAUGGUGGCAAACUUCAGGAGGCCCCUCACCGAAAGAACGAUGCCCAACUGGGAAGCCGUGAAGUCGAAGUUGAAAAAGUCGGCGUACACCGCUUUGUUCAGGAACGUCUUGAGUGGCGAAGGAGGACCGCGCCAGGAGACGGUGGCAUCCGAGGAGCGCUCGCCAACCGUGAAGACCAGGUUGCUCAUGGUGUCCUUUGACAUGCGGGUGAGAGGAAGAGGCGGCGAAGCCGACCGCCUCGAAGAACUCGGGCAGCAGCUGGAAGACCUGGCGGACGAUGGCGUCAGCGCGGCCGUGGUGUUUCUCCUGGAGCUCGUCGACUCGGGAGGCACGCUUCGCAGCUGCGGAAUCGUUCCAAAGCGUUACGGAGAUGACGCUGCGCCCAGCAGAGUGUUCAGGUUCAAGGGGUAUCAGUGCUGUGACCUCAACUACUUCGAAGCUGAUUGCCUUGCGCAAAACACGUUGAGAGAUCCUCUGUUCGAAGAUGAAAUCGAGAGGAACAUGCAGCUUUUCACAUCCACUCCUGGAAGUGGUCUCGCAGGAAUAGGGUUGUUUAAACAGAACACGUUAGUUUGUAAUGAGUACGAGAAGCAGACACAUCUGUCCUUGUUUGGGGCACUGGUUCAUACUAAAACAAUGGACAUGGACAUCAAGCUUGAUCUGCCAUCCAUCCCUGACAAUGUGAAUAUUACUGGCUUGUCCAUCAAGGUUCCAAGUGCGUAUGACCUCUCUGAUGACGAGGGCUUCCAGUCGGCCUCCAACCUCACUCCGGACUCGCAGGUGGAGAGCCACCUGCCAAACCUUUGGGAAGCUGCUCUCACCCACACGGCGUGCAAAAACAGAACAUGGGAGUGGAUUGGCUGCGGUCCACGGAAGAGCGAGAAGCCGUUUGUGACGGAGGCGGGGAGCGCGGUGUUUGACCGCGUGUGCAGCGUGCGCCGUGCGGAGGCGCACCUCCUGCGGGGCACGACGCCGACUCCGACGUCCCUCGUGCCAUCCCCUCGCCUCAUCCAGGAUUCUCUCAACGUGCUGCUGGGCGUCGUCUCCAGGACCUUUUCUUUUCACCACGGCCAGCAGGCGUUCGUGGUACGUGACGGGGUGGCGAUGUCGGGACUGUCCACGGAGAGCCUGCACGCGCUGCUGGGCACGCUGGCCGAGUGCGGGACACUCUACUGGAGGCUCUGCAGCUUCACGGGGCUGUCCUGCCGGGAAGCCGGCCAGCACCGCGGCUUCAUCUUUCAGGCAUUUGUGAGCGGCAUCAGGAGGUACCUGCAGUACUACAAGGCAUGUGUGCUGUCGGCGCCACCCUCGCACAGCCUGCUGUCUCUGUCGCACGCCUUCCGACAGCUGACGCAGCAGCUUCGGUACAUGAAUGAGCUGUGCAGAAUUCACACAGAUGAUUCAAGAAAUGGCACCCUUUUCGACAACUGUCCAACUGGGGUGCAGCUGUUGUCAUACCUCUACAAGGAGGCCCUCUGUUGCUGUGAUCAAGGAAAUUACUACGUUGUUCUGUCACUACUGAGGAGCUCUUGUGAACCAUACACCAGGUUUAUCCAAGAGUGGGUUUACAGCGGCCUCUGCAGAGAUGUUUACGGAGAAUUCAUGAUCCGUAUGAAUGAAGACUACCUCCUGUCUCGAGACAAGCACUACUGGGGUCAGGGAUACGUGCUGGCCCCUGUGCAAGCAGAUGAGAGGGUUCCCUUCUUCCUGGGCAGCCUGGCUGACGACAUUUACGUGUGCGGAAAAACCAUCAACCUCCUUCGCCUCUGCCAGCCGCAGAACUACGUGUGCUGCGCUGACGUCGCUGUGCCGCAAAUAUCGGUGACGUUCUCCCUGGCGGAGUUGGUGGAGAUCGAGCGGAGCUGCACCGACUACACGAGCAGCAUGGAGCGCAUUGCAUGGGAGAGGCGAGUUGCCCGUGCGCAGCAGGAGGAGCGAGCCGCAGUUGCACGGGGGGAACUGGCGUUGCAGGUCUACCGCACCAUGGACAAUGCCCUGGGGAUUGCCAAGGGACACCAGAUGGCGCAAGCGAAGGCAUUCCGAGACGCCAAGAAACGGGUUUUUCAGGAGCUACAGGACCAGUACAACAGGAGCGUGCAGAAGCAGCAGACAGACAAGGAAAACAAGGUCACGGAAGAUGCUGCAUUGAGGAAAGAAAUGCUUGCUCAGCAUGAACUGCUUGGUGCUGAAGAGGGGAUGUUGAAGAAUCAGGCCAGAGAGGAGUUGGUGGCGCUCUACGGAAAGCUGUACGCGGAGGCGAGGAAGCGCGAGCACAGGGCGCAGUGGAGAGGGCGCAGGCUCCAACUUCACGACACCCGCAUGGCCUUCCUGGAGCACCAGCGUGCCGCACUGCAGGAUGAACUGAAAUUGGAAAAUCGAACGGAGAGAAGUUCCGCACCGGUUGUGUCUGGGGGAGUGCAGCGCAGAGAAGUUGAUUGUGGAGGUGGAAUGGUGAUAGAUGCAGUCGCUGGAGAAAGAGUCGUUGAAAGUUUGGAGAGUCGAGACUUUGCCACGGAAGAUGUGUUUCCUGGAGUGGUUGAAGCCGGGUGGUUGAAACCAACCACCACCUGUAGCCUUCUUGGAGAACAUUCCAGAGAUGCCGCGUCUGUAAGAUGCAUUUCUCCAACCAUGUUCUAUGCGGCGACCACUACAUCCAUUGCUGAUCGAGUCCAGCCUUUGCGUAAUGAACUGGAGACUGCAGUUACACACGUGACUGACAUUACCGGUUCUCACGUGCAGGAAGCUCCUGACAUUCCAAAAUCGUUGAUCCACUUAUCUCCAAUUACAGGGGAGUGUGAUGUUGCCAAUCCACAAUCCGGUGAGCAUGCGACACUCGUUCGUGUGCAUGUAGAGACGACACACAAAGUGGUGGAAGCGCCGACGUCUCAAGAAACCGCUCGUGGACGCGACACCAAAGCCACCGUCCGAGUUGGAGAAGGGGCUGCAGAAGGUCACGCCACGGUGCCUGUGACGCAUAUUUACGGCCAAGUUUCCCAGUCGAGCAUUAACUCAUCUGGGGUUUUGGCGACAUUGGAAAUGAUGCACAUCCCGAAACGCAAACAGACGAACGCUCACGUGUCAGACUCAACGAUAGGCAACAUAUUGAACCCGGGCAUAGAAACCAGGGGUGACCAGAUACGGCUGCAGAUGAUGGAUGUUUUGAGAGUGAAGCGAAGCGAGGAACAUCCAUCUGAAGAAACACAUUUGGUUGAAUUGGACACAAACGGACCAGGAGAUGUGGUGGCGGUUUUGUCAUCUGGCGAUGAGAGUUUGGAGCCGGUGACACCCACCAGUCAACACCUGACAUCGCCUGAAUUGCUGCUCAGCCAGAACGUGGCGCAGCAGUUUGAGACGCUGGCGAACAUGUACGAGGCAGACAAAUACCAGGAUGGCUUUCCCAGCAUGUCGAGUCCACCAGUGGCUCACCUUCUGCAGGCCAUGGGCCACCGCGAGAGCCACUCCCAUGCCCCAGCUGAGCUGGCCACGGGCACCGCCACUGACCACACCGCCGUGACCGCCAGCCAGCGCCUUCCCUUGCCGGUCCUUGUGAAGAGGUCCAUCAUUUCACCUAUAUUGGCUCAGAUUUCAAUUGUAAAUAAAGCAAUUGUAGAGUAUUACAUUGUAGACCUGAAUGUGAAAACUCAUUUUGAAGCAUUGAAGCAUUUUGUGUUGUUGGAAGAUGGUGAAUUUGCUCAUUCCUUGAGUGAACAGCUGUUUGCAAAGCUCGCCAGCGGGCCGAGUCCAGCGCAGCUGCUCAGCCCAAUGCCCCUCAACGCCAUACUUGGCAAAGCACUGCAGGAGAGUCAGCACGGGGACUCACUGCCCGUUGCCAGCCUCUCCCUGGCUGUCAAGCGGGUGCCCGACGUCUUCAAAGCAAAUGACCCCGACGCACUCAAUUGCCUGCAGCUCGGCUACAAGGUGGACUGGCCUCUUAACAUAGUGAUCACAGACAGCUGCUUGACCAAAUACAACAAGGUGUUCUCAGUGAUGCUGCAGCUGGAGAGGAUGGUUUGGACCCUCAAGGAUGUGUGGUUUCACCUCAAGAGCGGAGCCUUUGUGAAGCCUACCAUUCACUCUACUCAGUUCCACCAACUGCAGCUUUUCAGGCACGAAAUGCAGCAUUUUGUCAAGGUCAUUCAGGGUUACAUCAUGACGCAGAUCCUUCACGUGAGCUGGAGUGAGUUUCAGGCGAAUCUGAAGACUGUCAAAAACUUGGAUGACCUCCACAGAAUCCAUGCUGAAUACUUGAACACAGCAAUAUUCAGGGGUCUCCUGACAGAGAAGGCUGCGCCAGUGAUGAAUGUGAUUCGCAGCAUCUUCAGCCUCAUCCUGCGGUUCCAUACGCAGCUGGUGUCUCGCCCCUGGGAUUGCCUCCCGCACGGGGCCACACAUCCUAACUUCGCACUCCUGAGGGAAUCCCACCAGGCUUUCAAGUACUACUCACAUUUCCUGCACAAGGUUGUGACAAAGUUGGUGAGCCGAGGGUAUCAACCUCACCUCGAAGACUUCCUCGUACGAAUCAACUUCAACAGCUUCUAUACCGAACGGCGUGCUUCACCAUGAUGCUAAUAGUCCACUAUUGUUAAUACAUGAUAAUAGUCCAUUUCCUGUACAUAUGUCUGUACUUUGCACUGUGCCUGCAUGUUUUUUUCCCUUCUUUCAUGGUCACUCUUUGGAAAGCCGCAUGGACCCUCUCGUGUUUGUAUUAAAAUUACUAGAUGGACAUAAGGUACCAGGGAAAGCAGAAUUUGUAAUCAUGGUGUAGAGAUGCAUCGAUUCAGUCCCGUUAGGAUGCAUGAAUCAAAUGAUAUAAUAAUUUAAUUUGUAUUCAUGUAUGUUCUAAUGUGUCCACAUGACCCCCACCAGUCCAUAGACUUGCUGUGAUAUUUAAUUUUACACCCCUAUGUUUUGUGACUGCGUUGUUAUCCAAUGGUGUGUGGUGCGAUUGCCUUGUUUUAAAUUGUGGUCUAUUUAGACAUUUCAUAAAUCCAUAUUGUGAGGUUUAGCUCAAUUUAUUCCAAUCUGCUGGACAGCUUAUGCCUUGUGCUCGUAUCACAUCAAAUGUAAUAUAUACCAAUCUGUUCUUCUUUCAUGUCAUGAAAAUGCAAGUGGUUCAUAACAAAAUUUAUGUUAGAGUUAUGAAAUAUCGUAUCCAAAGCACUGAUGGAGCAUUGUUUAAACAUUUCCAGAUGCCAUGUGGAAAACUGUAUGGGAAGGGGAACCAGGGGUGAGGGGCUGGGGUCCCAGAUCCUGGACCUGGCCAACUCAACCCCAGGCUGCCCCUUGGCCCUUUGGACUCUGGCACCUCGGGCCCAGGGUCUUAACCUUGCAGUGGAUUAACAAGGAAUUUAUGCAAAUUGAAGUGUAUGCAUAUUUCCUACAUGAAACAUUAGUUUUACAUUUUAAUCACGUUAUUCACGAUUCAACAUCGGUGGCUUAUGGGGCGUUAAUCAUUUUUCAGCCCUGAGCCAGUGGUGGAAAUUACACAUUAAUAUGACAGGCACAUCUUUCCAUUGGACAACUAUUGUAUAUUUCCACACAGCAAUACAAUGUCCAUGACUAUAUUUUCCCUAGGGUUAAUGGCGAUACGUAAAAUUAUAGUUGUAUAUUAUAGGUGCCUGAUGUGUAGACAUUCACUUUACAUCAUUGUUUCCUGAAGGAUGUGGCACUCAUACCUUCUUUAAAGCACUUGUUCAACAUAAUUGGUGGUAACCCUCGGAAAUAUUUCGGAUUGUUAAUAAACGCUGCAUUGUAUAUAUUUCGCCUAUAUUUAACUUACUAAAAUAGCCACCUAGAGUCCCGUGGGCUGUGGUUUUUUGUUACGCUUGUGUAAUUAAUUAAAACAGUGUUGACAUUCCACAGCCGUUACUUAAUUAUUUCCACUUGUGAGCUUAAAAUAAUAUAUUGUCUACAAUGAGUUGAAAUGCAGCACUGCAAUGAAGUAAUGUUCUCAUGAUUUAUAAUAUCACGUCCAAUUUGUAAAACGUAUUUUAUUAAACCGGCAUAUUAGAUUUUGUGGGCACCAAGACCGAAUAAAGUAAUACGUUGAGACAUUGUUAAACCUUUGAAUACAUCCAACUGGCUAUGCGUGACAGAAACAGGCAAACGUUCUUGUUUUUGACAAAGUGCAUAGCUAGAAAAAAUCGGCAAGUCAGCAUGGAGAGUUUCGUGCUUGGAAUCGCACUGACAGGAACAUACACGCAAGCGAGAGACAUUCGCUUGAUAAAGCCGCGCUCUGGUGGACACGUUUGAUGUCUGGCGGUGAAGACACGAGCGAGUGACUCCCCCAAAGGAGAGAGGGCGCGACGACAUCGGUUUAAGUGCAGAGAAGCUACAUGGAUCGUUGCAUUGUAUACAUAUACAGUGACACCUUGGAUUGCGAGUAACUUGGUCUGCGAGUGUUUUGCAAGACGAGCAAAUUUUUUAAAUAAAUAAUAAUUUGAUAAA